UAGCAGUACAUUUUCAUGCACUGUAAAAACCUGCCAGUUACCAUAUUGCACCAAGUCAGGUGGCCUUUGAGAAAUGCAGUGUUACGAUUGGAGUACACAGGGAGGUGGUCUUUUGCUCGCACAAGUGGAGUGCAGUCGUGAUCUUUUCAGAAGUCAUCAUGGCGCUCGAUUCGCCAGUUAAAGGAAAUCCUUUUAACCACUUGAUUGACACCCUCCCAUGUGGAAAAUAUGAUGGUCAGAAGUAUUUCAAUCCAGUUAAACUAAAUGAUCCAAGAUAUGAGGGGUUGCCCUUAUCAAUCCGUGUCCUUUUGGAGGCAGCUAUAAGAAAUUGUGAUGGGUUUUAUAUUAAGGAGGAGGAUGUCCUUAACAUACUAGAUUGGCAACAUCAACAGAAUGUAGCAGAAGUGCCCUUUGCCCCAGCCCGGGUCCUUUUCCAGGACUUUACGGGCAUUCCUGCCAUGGUGGAUCUGGCAGCAAUGAGGGAUGUUGUCACUAAGCAUGGCGUGGACCCAAACCUUGUCAACCCCAAAUGUCCAACAGACCUGCUCAUAGACCAUUCCCUUCCAGUUGACUUCAAUAAAUGUGCUAUUCAGAAUGCCCCAAACCCCGGUGGCGGAGAAGGUCAUGGAGUUCGUGUCCACUCAUCUCACACUAGACCUGUGCAGGAAGGAAAUCUAUGUAGUGGGCAGCGUAGCUGCAGCAGAGGGACCUGCAGUGACUCACCUCUCAGCUCUGCCAGACUUGCUUCGGUCCAGAUAGAGAACACGCCUCUGCUUUGUCCAUUCCACCUCCAGCCUGUUUCUGAGCCAGAAACAACUCUCAAGAACCAAGAGAUGGAGCUCAUCCGAAAUAAGGAGAGGUUGCAGUUCUUAAAGUGGUGCUCCCAAGCUUUCAGAAAUGUGCAUGUCAUCCCUCCUGAUGUUGGUACAGCUCACCAGGUGAAAUUGGAGUAUACAUCCCAGGUGAUUCAAGAGGAGAUGGACUCAUUUUUUCCUGACAGUGUUGUUGGGACUGACUCUCACACUACCAUGAUAAAUGGCCUUGGCAUUCUGGGCUGGGGAGUUGGUGGUAUCGAGUCAGAAGCAGUAAUGCUUGGCCAGCCUGUCACGUUGACUCUUCCAAAGGUAGUGGGAUGUAAGCUGACUGGAACCAUCAACACACUGGCAACAUCAAUUGACAUCGUCUUGGCGAUUACAAAGCACCUUCGCCAGGCAGGCAUCUCUGGAAAAUUUGUGGAGUUCUUUGGUCCUGGGGUCUCUCAGCUCUCUGCCUCUGACAGGACGACUAUUGCCAACAUGUGCCCUGAAUACAAUGCCACCAUUAGUUUUUUCCCUGUUGAUGAUGUCACACUGAAGCACUUUAAACAUACAAACUUUUCUGAAGAAAAAAUCAGAGUAAUGAAAGCAUAUCUUAAAGCAUUGAAGUUAUUCAAAAGUAAUCAAGACCAGUCUGAAGACCCACAGUAUUCGGAGGUUAUUGAAAUCAACCUCGGCUCAAUUGUUCCUCAUGUGAGUGGGCCUAAACGGCCACAAGAUAGAGUUGCAGUCAGCUGCAUGAAGGAGGAUUUCCUUACCUGUCUUAAAGAAAAGAUGGGAUUCAGAGGCUUCCACAUACCACAAGAGAAACGGGAGCAACUGGUACCAUUUCUACAUGCUGGCAGAGAGUAUGAACUGGCCCAUGGAUCUGUCGUCAUAGCUGCAGUUAUCAGCUGUACAAACAACUGCAACCCUUCCGUAAUGCUAACUGCAGGUUUAUUGGCAAAAAAAGCUGUGGAGGCAGGUCUUGUAGUAAAACCUUAUAUCAGAACUAACCUGGCCCCUGGGAAUGGUAUGGUGACCCACUACCUGAACGUCAGUGGCGUGCUGCCAUACCUUAGUCAGCUUGGAUUUGAAGUGAUUGGAUAUGGAUGUGCCACAUGUGUAGGGAACACCGCACCAUUACCAGACACUGUUGUCGAUGCCAUUAACAAGGGUGAUUUGGUUGCAUGUGGAGUGCUGUCAGGAAACAGGAAUUUUGAGGGCCGUCUAUGUGACUGUGUGCGAGCCAACUACCUCGCCUCACCUCCUCUGGUUGUGGCUUAUGCAAUUGCUGGCACAAUCAGUAUUGACUUUGAGAAAGAACCUCUAGGGGUGAACUCUGAGGGGAAAGAAGUCUUUCUGACUGAUGUAUGGCCUUCACGGGUAGAGGUCCAGAACAUUGAAGAGGAAACCGUAAUCUCUAGCAUGUUUAAGGAUAUCAGGACUAGAAUGGAGAAAGGUAGCACAUUUUGGGACAGUAUAGAAUGUUCAGAUGCUGAUCAGUUCCCUUGGGAUUCGAAAUCAACUUAUGUCCACUGCCCUCCAUUCUUCAACAAAUUAAUAAGAGACACCCCAUCUCCCCAGUCAAUAGAGAAUGCAUAUGCACUGCUGUUCUUAGGAGACAAUGUGACAACAGAUCACAUCUCCCCAGCUGGAAGUAUUGCUCGGAUUAGUGCUGCUGCAAAGUAUUUGCAAAGCAAACGCCUCACACCACGGGAAUUCAACUCCUAUGGGGCUCGUAGAGGAAAUGAUGCGGUGAUGACUCGUGGUACGUUUGCAAGCAUGAAGCUACAGAACCGUUUCAUUGGCAAACCUGGUCCCAAGACUCUGCACAUUCCAACUGGACAGACGCUGGAUGUGUUUGAGGCAUCAGAGCGUUAUCAGAGAGAUGGGAUUCCUCUCAUCAUUCUGGCAGGACAGAGUUAUGGGUCAGGAAGCUCCCGUGACUGGGCAGCUAAGGGACCCUACCUCCUGGGAAUAUGUGCAGUGAUAGCUGAAAGUUUUGAGAAGAUGCACAAGAAUCAUCUGGUUGGGAUGGGCAUUGCCCCUCUCCAGUUUGCGAGAGGAGAAAGUGCAGACACCCUAGAGCUCUCAGGAAAAGAAAGGUUCACCAUAUCAAUACCUGAGGAUCUUACACCUCUGCAAGAACUUACAGUCCAGACAAGCACCGGCAAGAGCUUUAGAGUGACAGCUCUAUUUGAAAAUGAGAUGGACAUGGUGUUGUACAGACAUGGCGGGAUCCUUAAGUAUGUGGCUCACAACAUGCUCCUGGCCAACUGCUGAUCAGAGAGCAAAAAGUGUAUACCCUUAAUUGAGACGAUGCACUGCCUCACUUUUCGAACAUACACUGCUGACCAUCUUGAGAUCUGACCAAGGUGCCUCCAUUCGGACUUUCUCUGCUUAUCAUCUUCUGACUGAGUCAACUUUUUCCUCAUCUACGUUGAUGCUUCUUGGUUAUCUGUAUGUCUGAUGUAUUCUGCUGAAUGCCUUGAAUUUUGGGGGACAUUCACUCAUUCCACAGGAGCGUACAAUAUUGAUACAUCCAUGUUGUUUUAAGGCCACAGUUUCAUCAACAUUUAUUUUGUAUGAGUUUGUUUUAUAUGUGUGUAGUUCUUUUGAAGGCAUCAGUGGCAUCAAACUGCUUUUAUCACUACAAUCAUGGAACUGUGAAGGUCUGUUUUAACAUGAAACUGACUCUUACAUGUUUAUACAAUUGCAAUGCCAGUGAUCUGAAUGCAACUAUAAAUACCAUUCAUGACCAUCCAAAAGCAUUUGUCCAAAUUGUCUGUUAAUGUUACAUACUUUCAGUGUUAACCUUAAAUGACCUUACCUUAAAAUACAGUCAGACAGAAAAAAGCAAAUGUGAUGUGUGAUUCAGGAUAGAAGCUACCACUUUUCACAAAUGAACAGACGAAUAACUGAAUUUGGACUUACUGCUGAAUGUUUAGGUUUUUGCAAUACCAUAAGUUAAUGUCAAGACUUAUGAUUAUGCAUCUCAGAUCAGUUUUAUUGAGGAUAUUCUUUACUGGGAUUGUGUGUAGUUGUGGUUUACCUUUUACAUUUCUCCAGAAUAAAUAUGCAAUGUUGCACCUA